UAAAACAGAGGAAACAGAGACGAAGAGGGAAAACAACUCUUCAAAUUCCGAUGCUUUAGGGUUUUUCAACUUUUAAUAUUAAAUUUUCAGAACAAUUUUCGAACUAGCAUAUUGUGCUAUACGAUUCGUUUGGGUUUCACCACAGAAAGUAACCUUCGGAAUACAUUGAAUUUGCCAUGGUUCUAUUUAACCGGGAAAGAAACUCAGAAAAUACGUAUUUUCCCUGAUUUUUGCUUGGUUUCGAAUUUUCCCGGGAAAGUUACAGAGAAAGUUGAAGUAGUUGAUUCAAGGGAUGAUGGAACGUGAAUUGGCCGGUAGCAGUAGCCGUGGAAGAGAUAAAAUGGAGCAGCCGCAAGCCGUGGCUGACCGUAGAGCUCUCCGAUCACGCUAUUUUACUGUGAAGACCCUCAUUCACGAUGAAAGAGAUGACAUUACAAAAGUGGAUUCCGACAAGUUUAAUUCGAUCAUUAAUGAAGUGGAUAGCUUGCAUGAGAUGGUACAAAAUCCAAGAGAGCAAGUUGCUGAUGCAGAGGCGCUUUUGGACAUUGCAAACACCUUGAUGACCUCUGUGAAGGCGCAGAACAAGGAAGGAAUCACAGCUACAGAUUUUGUCUCCUGUAUUCUUAGAGACUUUGGGCAACAAAGCGGGCUGAUAAGUAACAGAGAAGGGGUUAGCUGCUCAAUAUCUUGGAAGGAUAUUGGGACUGAAGUCUCAAAUGUUUUCCAGAGAAGCCCCCAAUGCUGCACUAUGAUUGGGCCUAUGAAUGCUGAAGUAAAGCAACGGAAGGCUCAUGUUCAUACGAAACGUGUGAAGCCUACAGAAAAUGAUACCCCAGAAGAGCUUGAUAAUGUUGCUGUAGAAGAGGAACCUGAGACGGUUAAGAAUGUGACAGCAAUGUUUAAUAUCUUGAGGAAAAACAGAAGAGCCAGGCUUGAAAAUCUAGUCCUGAAUGGGAAUUCUUUUGCGCAGACGGUGGAAAAUUUAUUUGCCCUCUCAUUUCUGGUUAAAGAUGGGCGGGCUGAAAUAAAAAUUAAUGAAGAAGGCCAUCAUCUAGUUUGUAAGAUCCCUUGCAAUUGCUCACUUUCUUAUUUGACUGAGGACCUCUUCUCUUUUAUUCUCUAUUUGGUGUUAUUGUAUAGUUUUGUGUUUGGUGUUUCAGCUCCAAGGAAUGCUCCUGCUGCCAAAGCAAUUGCCUCAGGGGAGGUUGCUUACUGCCAUUUCGUGUUCAGAUUUGAUUUCAAGGACUGGAAGUUGAUGAAAGAGUCUGUUGGGGAUGGAGAGCAGCUGAUGCCACACCGGCGUCAAGAAAACAUAUCAAGCAAUUCUCAGUUCGAUCCGCAAUGUGUAGAAUCUGAAGCAACCACAGCUAAAACACCAAUUAGGAAGUUAUCCCGACACAGAGGCUUGGUUUUACAGCAGCGGCCAGUUGGGGGAUGCGGCACGGCUGAUAGUAAUCAAUCAGUUGUAGAAGACUCGCCAGUAUGUGAUUACUCUGAAGAUAGAACUGCUGCCAUCCGAAAAGGGAAGCGUAAACUGAUGUGAAGUAUUUACUAAGGGAGGGAUGAAGUAUACAAAUUUUGGGGACAUUUAGGACUUCUGCUUUAUAAGUAUACCAACUAGCAGUCAUUUAGCUCUCUGUAUGUCAGAUGCAUUGCUUGGGUUUCACACAUAGGACUAUGCCUUCACCUUCCACCUCUUGGCCCUUUUGGCUAUUUGAUACUGGAAGUGGAAGGUUCUUGUAUCGUAUACUUUCUUUUGAGAGAACCUUUUAGUUUUAUACACAUAUUUUAAUUUUUUAGGUGAAAAUUUCAUCA